GCAUCUUACAUUCUUACUUCUUUUUUUAAGUUCUAAAUUUUAUAUUUUUCAUUAUUAUUUUAUUAAUGUUAGUUCUCUAUAUAUGCUCUCACUCAUCCUCCUCUUCUGUCCAAGUUACAUAGCAAAGAAACAGAGCAAAACAUGACUACUGCAGGAAUGAUCUCUUCUUCCUUUCAAGCCAUCUCCAAACUCAAUCUCUCAACUCCAAAAUCAACUCUUAAUCCGUCUACUAAUCUCAGCUUCAAUACCCAUUUCCCAAAAUCAAACUUUUCCUUCAAAAAUACCACUUUGAAAUCGAACAGAGCAGGUUCAGUUAGGGCCGUCAUGGCUGAUACUGUGAUGGUAAAAACAGAGAGCUUUUACGAUUUGUUGGGUAUAUCAGAAAAAGGAAGAAAAUAUCACCCCGACGUGUCUCCGCCGGAAUGCAAAGAAGAGUAUACAAAGAGGUUUAUUGAAGUUCAAGAAGCUUAUGAGACUUUGUCUGAUCCAAAAACCAGAGCUUUAUAUGACAGAGAUAUCGCCAGUAUAGGAUUAGACUUAAACUCGUUCUUCUUUACUGGUAAGCGACACAGAUCCCGCACCGGAUUUGAUGAUAGAUGUGAACGGGAACAAAAAUGGCAGUCUCAGUUUACAGAGUUAAUAAGAAGACGUAAUGCUAAAGAAUUUGAGGAUAGUACAUGGGGAGAUAGAAUACGUAGCCAAAAAAGUUAUUGCCAUAAUGUGUAAUUAAUUGUUAAUAAUAAUAUAACUUCCACAAGCCAUUUUCCCAAAUUUAAAUGGGAAAUGGAUCAGUUUUUAAAA